UUAUAAACUCAAGUGAUCCACCUGCCUCAGCCUCCUAAAGUGCUGGGAUUAUAGGCAUGAGUUACUGCGCCUGGCCCUAGCUAAUUAGUUUUUGUAGAGAAAGGAUCUCACUAUGUUGCCCGUCUGGACUGGUCUCAAAUCCUGGCUUUCGAUGAUGCUCCUGCCUUGGCUUCCCAAAGUGCUUGGACUGUGGGUGAUGAGCCAUCAUGCCCGGCCCCGUUCUCACCCACAGUCGCAAUUGGUGUCUCCUAGUCACCCAUGUGGGCCCUGUGUUCUCCCGCUGCCUCCCACCCCGUCUGACUUCCCUUUGUUCCCCAGAUGCCUGUGGCCUCUCGGACCCGGCCCACGUGGAGAGUCUGCAGGAGAAGGCACAGGUGGCCCUCACCGAGUACGUGCGGGCGCAGUACCCGUCCCAGCCCCAGCGCUUCGGGCGCCUGCUGCUGCGGCUCCCCGCCCUGCGCGCGGUCCCUGCCUCCCUCAUCUCCCAGCUGUUCUUCAUGCGCCUGGUGGGGAAGACGCCCAUCGAGACGCUGAUCAGAGACAUGCUGCUGUCGGGGAGUACCUUCAACUGGCCCUACGGCUCGGGCCAGUGACCACGACGGGGCCACGUGCGCCGUGGCCAGGCCUGCAGACAGACCUCAAGGGACAGGGAACACUGAGGCCUCGAGGGGUCUCCCAGGGCCCAGGACCCUGGCUUCUCUCCUCAGACUUCUGUUUUGUAAAGACUGUGAAAUGUUUGUCUUUUCUGUUUUUUAAAUGAUCAUGAAACCAAAAAGAGACUGGUGAUCCAGGUCUCAGCCUCGUCCUCCCAGGACCCCUGGCCCGGAUGGAGCAUGAACUUACGGGAUGGUGGGGGCGGCUUCCCUGGUGUGAUGGACAAAGGCCUGGCAUCUGGACCGGAGGGGCCACUCCAGCGGGCAGGGGUAGCUAGCGUGUGCUAGGCCAGAUCCUCUGGACGCGUAAUCUACGUCAGACACUACAUGAUGACUCAAUCAAAGCCAAGAAUAAAGAUAUUUCCUACUUG